AAACAAUGAAUGCACGACGUACGACGACGUUUCGUUCUAGAACGAAAACGCGAAAUUGUUAUUAAAAAGUGAACAGGCAUCAAAUUACGAGCAAUAAUCCGGUCACCACUACCAAUGCAAACGUCAAGUGAACAACAAACGAGCAACAGCAACAAAUUGCGCGUGAGAGUUAGAUAGCUUCCUGAGUAGCGUCACGUAGACGGCAAAGCGACUUGCAAAUCGAUAUUCACACUCACACAUACACACACACACACGCAUACGCAUACACAUACAAACACCCACCAGUACAAACAUUAUGGAAAACACAUUAGAAGAAGGCGGCGGCGGUGGCGGAGCCGAGGAAAGUGCUGUCCAUAGUGAAAAUACACCGGUUACCAUGUGCCAGGAUAGCGAAUGCAUCACUAGCAACACACUCCCAGCGACGGCUGUUACAGCUGCAGCUGCGAAGCAAGCGCCAAUGAUAUGCAGCGAAGUUGCUGCCUCUUCAUCGACAUCGACAUCAACAAUCGCAAAGAGCAAGUCGCAAUUGGAGAAAGAAGAAGAGGUCAGCACGUUGGCCACGGAUCACCACAAUAAUAAAAACAACAACAAUAACAACAGCAACAAUAACAAUAACGAAAGCAGCACUAAAACUAUUCAGCAACAACAAGAACAUGAAGAAGAAAAAGAGCAGCUGUCAGGCGAUGGCAAUGCAAAUACCACAGUACCAACAACAACUAAAGCAAUAACAGCAACAACAAUAAUAACAACGAAUUGUGUCAAAGUGACGGAAGCAGUGACGGCGACGACGACGACGGCGUCAACUGCGUCCACCGAAACAGCAGACAGCAAGAAAACGGCAGAGCGCAAUCACAAGAAGAAGAAAAAAGAUAAGGAACGUGAGCGAGAUGAAGAUAAGCGACACAACAACAACAAUAAUAGCAGCAACAGUGGCAAGGAUCGCGAAAGCAACAGCCUCAAAAACAAUAGUGGCAGCACUGGCAGUGGCAGCACUGGCACCAGCGGCGCCAGCAAAUCCUAUUCAAAUCGACAUAGCAACAGCAGCGAUUACAAGUCAAGUUCCAGUUCCUCAACCUCGACCAGCUCGCGCAGCAAAGACAAAAAGCAGCAUCGCAGCGACCGCGACAGAGAAAGAGAGCGGGAAAGAGAAAAGAUACCAUCGUCAUCGUCCAGCUGCUCAUCGAAUUCGCAUCGCCGUCGCAGCUCGGACAGCAGUCGCAGCAGCAGCAACACAAGUUCCAGCAAGCUGAAUGUGAUCAAAGAGGAGGAGAAGGAGAAAGACAAGGAGAUGGGAAUCAAAACGGAGGCGAGUGAGCAGAAAGAGGCACCGUCUGGUGCAUUAACGGUACUUAACCACAACAGCAGCAAAGAUAUCAAAUCGGAAGCAGACAUCAAAAAGGAACCAAUCGAAACGAAGCCACUGCUAAAUGGCGAUGCAAUCAAACCAUUGAUUAAGACACGCGACGAAGUCACGCGACAGCUGAACUUCGCUGCGGCUUCAGAUGCGGCAAAGAUAAAGGAGAACAACACCAACAGCAGCAAUAAUUCCUCUUCCCUUUUAAUGCCUUCGCCUGCACCCAAAACAAUCAAUAACAGCAGCAGCAGUAGCAACAGCAGCAGCGGCAAUCAUCAUUCCUCAUCCAGUUGCAGUGCGCGUAAAACCUCCUCCUCCUCCUCAAGUUCCUCCGCCAGCAGCAGUCAUCACAAGACUUCCUCCUCCACCUCAUCCUCCUCCUCGUCACGCCAUUCGUCAUCCUUUUCCUCAUCGCGUGAUUGUUCCAAAUGUUACAAGCGCUCCAAAAUACGUCGGAGCAGCGUUGGAGUUCAGAGCAUUCAGCAUGCGCCCAUUGCUGGCGCCUGGACAACGGUUCCCAGUUUGGCGAAGCCAGCGUCAGAUCGCAAAGAGACGCUCACCGGCCUCGAAAAUCUGAAAUACGGUCGUUACUUUCAAGUGGAACAGUAUCCGAAUGGUGGCGCAUCCGUAGUGCAUCUUUAUCAGCACGAUAUAGAUGCACUGCCGCCGGAUGAAAUGGAACAACUUGUCGAUGAGUUCUUCAGCGUAUGCUUUGCCGAGGAUGAGCAAGGCUAUGCACAUCAUGUGAUGGGCAUCGUUCAUGACGCAGCCCGCUAUAUACCCGAUCUUCUCGAGCAUAUGGCCGAGAAUUAUUCAACGCUCACAGUGAAGGCUGGAGUGCUCGGACGCAACUCGGACAUUGAUACGUGCACCAUGGCACAGUACAAUGAACAGGUGGUGCGUAAUUAUUGCCAGGGCACAUUCCGCUAUGGACCGCUGCACCAGAUCAGCUUGGUGGGAAAAGUGCACGAGGAAGUCGGCGGUUAUUUUCCGGAUCUGCUUGGACGCAUCGAACAGAAUCCAUUUCUGCGCAAGACAAUGCCCUGGGCUGUUAAUUCAAUACUACAAACGGAUCCACGACAAUCAAACGAUGGACCAAUUCUGUGGAUACGUGCCGGUGAGCAGCUGGUGCCCACAGCGGAGCUCAACAGCAAGACGCCACUCAAGCGACAGCGCACUCGCAUUAAUGAGCUGCGCAAUUUGCAGUAUCUCCCGCGUCUGUCGGAGGCACGCGAAACGAUGAUCGAAGAUCGGACCAAGGCGCAUGCCGACCAUGUGGGCCAUGGACACGAACGCAUCACCACCGCCGCAGUUGGUAUUUUAAAGGCUGUGCACUGUGGACAAUCCUAUGAUCAGAAUCGUAUCACCAAGGAUGUGGUUGCCUUUGCCGCUCAGGACUUUAAUACGCUGGUGGAGAUGCUGCAAUUGGAUCUCCAUGAGCCACCCAUCUCACAGUGCGUGCAGUGGAUUGAGGAUGCCAAGUUGAAUCAGUUGCGACGCGAUGGCAUUCGCUAUGCUCGCAUCCAGCUGUGCGACAACGAUAUCUAUUUUCUGCCGCGCAACAUCAUUCACCAGUUCCGCACCGUGACCGCUGUGACGAGCAUAGCUUGGCAUCUGCGUUUGCGCCAGUAUUAUCCCGGCCAGGAGGUAAUCAAUGAGAAGAACAAUCCCGUGUUGGCUGAGACACCGCACUACAAGGAGAAACAAACCAUAUUGCCCAAUCCGAUUGGUCACGAUGAACCGGCCAAGAAGACACCCUCGAAGCGCACACACGAUGGCAAGCCGAAGCGUAAGAUCAUCGAUUUGGAUGGCAAGGAGCGUCGAUCCAGUGAGAGCAGCCAGGACGAUCAUUCGUCAUCGGCGGGCGCAUCGCCCAAGAGCAAUAACGGUAGCGGCAGCAGCAACAGCAGCGGCACACCCAGAAAGAAACCGAACAAAGAUGACGCCAAAAUCGAUAUGCGCAAAAUGGUUCUCGAGCACAACAAAUAUAAGCUGACCAAGGCGGCAGCGGCCACGGACACGGCCACAGCGCUCGACAAGGAUCGUAAGCCAGUCGUCGUCAAAAAGGACAACAACGAAAAGUCCACUCGUGAUAAAGAUAAAGACAAAGAUAAGGAUAAGGAAAAGGAGCGCAUCAUCAAAAAAGAGACGAAAUCGGAGCAUUCAGCAACGCCAGUGAAAAUGCCGCGACUGGCGGCUAACGAAGCCAGCAUAUCAACUAAUGUGUCAACUAAUCCUAACCCUAAUCCUGUUCCAAUUGCCGCAGUGCCAUUGUUGCCACUGCUGCCCCUCGUGCAUCCGAAGCCCUUCAUGCAUCGCGAUGCGUAUGUGAAUAGCUUGAAUCAAAAGGAGCCCGAAAUCAAAAUCCAACUUAAGAUGGUAUCCGAUGAACCCAGCAAAACGGAAGCCAUCGCCACCAAUUGCAUGGCAAACCCGAAAUCCCCUUUCGAAACAAUUGUGCCCGAUCCCGUUGAGGAUGUGGGCAAUGAGCUUAUUGUGGAGAGCACGCCACAGCUGGUGGUGGAUCAUGAGGAGGAGGUUAUCGAGCUGUGCGAGGAAGUGAUUCCAUUAGAUAUACCAGUGCCAGCUCAAACAGCUCCACCAGCUCCUGCUCAAACUCCCGCUCUCACACCCACAGUUACAGCCACACCCAUACCCUUGCCAAUGAUGCGCAUCACACAGCCACCAUUACCCGGAACGACUGCUGCUUCUACAGUUGCGCCAGCAGCAUCAGCACCACCACAGGUUGUGAAAGUCGUUUUGCCCGGUGUGGUGGGUCGCUUGUCCGCUGUGGUGCUGACGCCACCAUUGCCGCCGAUGCCAUUGCCACCACCGCCGCCACCGCCACCACCACUACCAACAGCUGGAGCUGGAGCGGCAGCAACCAUACCGACGACAGUGAUCAGAUCCGGCAGCAAUCCGAAAACAAUGACAACGACAACCACCUACAAAACGUUCAAUUUGCCCACGCACAAGAUUAUACUCGCCGGCAGCAGAGCAGUUGCAAAGACAGCAACUGUAACCCCAGUCGAUCUGCUUGGCUCCAUCAUGGCCAGCAUGGACAAUAAGAACAGUAUCAGCACCAACAACACCAGCAGCUCGAGCAGCGCUUCCACAACAGCAGUCACAGCUGCAACAACAGUGCCUUCCAGCAUCAGCAGCAACAGCAGCAGCACGACAACCAGCACAACAAACAAUAACGCUUCGCUGUCUUCCUAUGCCGCCAACUCGUCCUCCACUAACAACAGCUACUGAUGAGUCAGCAACGGCAGCCACAGCAAAGAGGCUUCUCCAAUCCAAUCAUUAUUGCAAAAUUGUUGCAACUUGUUUUUUUGUAAAUUGUGUUUUCGAUGCGGCAACUCUGAAAGCUGUGCAACGCUUUAGCGUCUAACGCAAGCGAGCCCUCUUUCGAGUUGGUCCCCCAACAAAUCGUUUAUUGUACAUAAAAAAAGGGGUGGUGUCUUCGUUCUCACGUUCGCCACCCCUGAAACAUAUAUAUUAUAUUUGAUAACAGUAGUGAAUUAAGCUCAAAAAUGCUAAUUACUUUUUAGUCAUGUAGUUUUUUAAUUUAUUAUCGCAUGCACUUUAAGAUACACACAAACACAUUGGCAACUGAUAGACAAAAGUUUGAUAUGCGUAUAUAUAUGUAUAUAUAUAUAUAUAUAUAUUUAUAUACAUAUAUAUGUAUAUAUAUUUAGAUCGGUAUAAUAAAGUAAUGUGCGCGCACAUUGGCAGAGUAUUUUUUUACGUGUCAACUAAAGUGCAAAGGGCGCCCAAUUUAUUGGCUUA